AUGGAACAGCUGACGGAGUUUGUGUCCAAGUCGUUCACGCUGGACCGAGCAGUCGGCCUGCCGCCGCCUUCUCUGACCAUGGCGGCUGCUCCGGUCCUGACGGUGGCUGCUGGGGCGACGACGGUCAAAGCGGUGGCCGUCGGAGGACCUCACGGCUGCGGUCGCAGCGUGCAAUCCGCGCGGAGCCUCAACUUCACGGCCCAGAAUCUGGCCACGUCCUCGCUGCGCGAGAAGUCUUCACCGGCCCCACUUCCGACGGCGCUCGCCGUGCCUGUCUCGUCCGCGUCUCCACCGGCGAGUGGUACGGAGGCGGGGUCAUCCUCCCGCCGAAGGUCCUCGAGCGACGCGGAGCUCGACAAGGAGGACGACGACGAUUCGAGGGGCAGCGCCGACUGCUGUUCCCCGGAGCCCGAUGGCGUCAGCAAGAUGGCGGCGUUGCCCGGUGGUCGCUCCGUGGCGCCACCAUCGUCGUCUUCCCCUCGUCGGCCGGAGCUGCAGUCGUCGGAAAGAAAGUCCGACGUGCAUCCGUCUCAUCCUCUGCCACUUGGUUCUGGGCCACCGAGACUCAAGGAGGAGUCCACUUGCAACCCCGGAAGCAACGGUGGCAGCGGAAGCAGUGGAGGCGGUGGCAGCCUUGGUGGUAGCAGCAGCAGCAGUAGCAGCAAGGUCAAGCAGCGUCGAUCGCGCACCAACUUCACGCUGGAGCAGUUGAACGAACUGGAGAGGCUGUUCGACGAGACGCACUACCCGGAUGCCUUCAUGCGCGAAGAGCUUUCUCAGAGGCUAGGACUCUCGGAGGCAAGGGUGCAGGUGUGGUUUCAGAAUCGGAGAGCGAAGUGCAGAAAACACGAGAGCCAAAUGCAAAAGAGCCUCAUGAUGGCGACCAGCGCGCCGAUCGAGUCGUCCCGCAUCGCACCCUACAUCAACGUUAGCGCGACUCCCCCACCACCGCCGCCGCCACAAGCACCGAGGCAUCCGUCGGAGCGGCUCUUCCUGCCGCCGCAUUCCACCGCCGCCACAGUUGCCGUCAGCGGGGCGGCUGGUGCCAGAGGAGGCGGCGGAACGGCAGCGGCAGCCGCCGCCGCCGCCGCAGCGGCGGCAACCUUUCUUCCCUACGCCGCCGACCCUACGGGACUGCUCGCCGCCGCUCACCACUACUCGGCCGUUGCCGCAGCGGCGGCUGCUGCCGUCGCAUCGGGCCACGCGCCGCCACCAGUACCGCCGCCGCCCGUGCCUCCCCCGUCCUCCUCGGCCGCAGCGGCAGCCGCUGCGGCGAGCCUGCUAUUCUACCCGGCGCACAUGCCGUUUCCCGGCGGAUUGACCACUGCGCUCAUGGCUGCCGAGAGACUCACGACCAAGAGCUCGAGCAUCGCCGAUUUGCGACUGAAGGCCCAGAAACACGCCGCAGCUCUGGGCCUGUGA